CAAUUGAGUGGCACGGUGUGAUCACGUGAUAUCUUCUUUCACUUUUCUGCAAAUCUGCUGUCACCUGCUCAGAAAAUGGUUGUGCUGAAAGGAAUACCGUCAGUACUUACACCUGAAUUGCUGUAUGCUCUGGCUAAAAUGGGGCAUGGAGACGAACUGGUUCUUGCAGAUGCAAAUUUUCCUGUCUCCUCAGUUUGUAAAUGUGGUCCCAUAGAGAUACGAGCUGAUGGUUUGCAUAUUCCAGAGCUGUUGGAAGCAAUAUUGAAGCUCUUUCCUCUUGAUUCCUAUGUUAAAUGUCCGGCAGCUGUAAUGGAUCUAGUGGAAAGUGACAAGCAGCAGGGUCUCGUAGUACCAGUGUGGCCCCGCUACUCUGCACUUCUCAGACAAGUGGGAUCAAAUGGGAAUUUUGAUGCAGUUGAAAGGUUCGCUUUUUAUGAGCGUGCAAAGAAAGCUUUUGCUGUUGUAGCAACAGGGUACAGUAUAAUUCUCAGCUGCCAUGAAUCUUCAGGGUCAUGUUUAAUUAUAGCUUGGUAUUAUAAAACUUUCUUAUCUUUCCAACAGGGAGACUGCUCUAUAUGGAAACAUCAUUAUCAAGAAAGGAGUCCUUCGUCGUGAAGAGCUUUGCUGAAGAAUGCUAAAACAUGUGAUUGCAGUUACCUAAUUACUAAAAAAAAAACAAAAAAAACAUUUCAACAAGUUGGAGUUGGGGAACAGCCUAGGUGUUAAUCAUUUUUCCAAUAUAUGACUUAAGGUUUGCUUUUGAGGCAUUGACUUAGUAGAAAUUGCUUGCACGCUUCUAAAAGUAUAAGCUGGAUUGACAAAGACAUGAAGACUUAGUUUCCCUAAAAAAGAGCCAGUACUGUUCAGGCAGUUUGCCUUUUCCUUUAGGUAGAUUUUUUUCUUGCUACUGCUUCCUGUUUCUUGCUAAUGUUCCUUUUAUACAAUUUAUAAAUGAAUUUUAAAUAAAACACAACAUUACUGUGCA